AUGCUAACAGGACGUCGUCAUUUAAUGCAUCGUCUUCGUCAACAAAAGGGUUUAUCUGGAUUCUUAACAAGAAAAGAGUCCAUAUAUGAUUCAUUCGGAGCUGGCCACUCCUCUACUUCAAUAAGUGCUCUUCAGGGGAUGUAUGUUGCACACCGAUUACAAAAAAGAGAUAAGGGUCUCUAUGUUGCUGUCAUUGGAGAUGGAGGUCUAACAGGAGGUAUGGCAUAUGAGGCCCUGAAUGCAUGCGGGUUUUUACGAUCACCAAUCUUAAUUAUAUUAAAUGAUAAUCAGCAAGUCUCUCUUCCUACAGGAACUAAUACUGCAGGAGGGACGGCGCCUGCCAGUGCAGUGUCUCGGCACAUGCGCCGUCUGAAGAAUCGCAUUUCUCUGAUUCAGCAGCAGCAGCAGCAGCAGGAAGAGCAGCAGCAGCAGCAAGAUGUUGCUGCGGUGCAUGCACCUGGGCAAGGGGAGCCAGGAGUUGCCUCCUUUUUUGGGGGUUUAGGGUUUGAGUAUAUGGGCCCUGUUGAUGGCCACGAUGUCCUAAACCUCGUCUCCAUCUUGCAAAAAAUCAAGAGUGAGGGUUUGAAGCGGCCAACGGUAUUACAUUUGAAGACCGAGAAAGGGUUUAUAAUAGACCGUGCAGGUCUAGUAGGGGCAGAUGGGAGUACUCAUCAAGGAUCAUUUGAUUUAUCUUUCUUGGGUAAUCUUCCUAAUUUUACUGUCAUGGCACCUAGUGAUGAAUAUGAACUUCUUCGUAUGCUCAAGACGGUGUACCUGAUGGACUCCGGCCCCUCUGCUCUUCGUUUCCCUCGUAGUCCUUGCUUUGGUCUUGAAACCCUCAACAGCAAGCUAGGGCAUAAUAUAAAGGAGCUCCCCUCUGAUCCUGAACCCUUACCCAUAGGGAAGGGCCGCAUAUUAUUGCAUGCAAACCCUAAUGCUAAAUACAAGGUGGCGCUGCUGUCUAUUGGCACUCUUUUAUUAGAUGCUGUUAAUGCAGCAGCAAUUCUGCAGCAAAUAAAUUCAAUACCUAAGCCAGAGCAUGCAGCAGCAGCAGUAGCAGCAGCAGAAGCAGCAGCAGCAGCAGAAGCAAAUGCUGCAGCAGCAGCUGCUGCUGCUGCUGCUACUGCAUCAGCAACAGCAGCACGCGGAUCCUCCGGUGCAUAUAGUAACUUAGCUACAGGUUUAACACAACCCGUACUGCAGCAGCUGCAGCAACAGCUGCAGCAGCAGCAACUCCAAGCAUAG